UAACUCCUUCUACCUCGAGAAUUAUCAAAACAUCAUGCAAUUGUGAAUUAUAUAUAUUACAAGCAAAGCUCAAACUACAAAUUAGUGUUAGUUAAAAUAAGACAAAUAGAAACCUCAGAGAACUAUCACAGCUGAUUCAAAGAAUAUACAUUCAAUUAGCUUUUCAGGUUUCUUUCGCUUCAUAUUUCUACCAGACAAUGGCAAAAUGAUUUCAAGCAAAGCAAGCAAAACUGUUCCCAUGGCACCAAGACAGACACCUGCGCUACGUUUCUACAAGACAUUCAUACUAAUUAUGGUUAUCCAAAGUCCAUCAAAAGCGACAAUGACACCAGCAAUAUCAUCUUCAAGUGUGACAACUAAUGUUACAACAAGUCCUGAACCAACAACUACUAUGAGACCAGCAACAUCGUCUACAAGUGUAGCAACUAAUGUUACAGCAACUGUUAAAUCAACAACGACAAUGACACCAACGACAUCCCCUACAAAAGUGACAACCAAUGUUAUAACAAGUCCUGAAAGAACAACAAGAAUGAUACCAGCAACAUCGUCUACGAGUGUAACAACUAAUGUUACAACAACUGCUGAACUAAUAACGACAAUGAAAACAGCAACAUUAUAUACAAGUGCAGCAACUAAUGUUACAACAGGUGCUGAACCAACAACAAUGAUACCAGCGACAUCAUCUACAAGUGUGGCAACUAAUGUUACAACAAGUGCUAAACCAACAGCGACAAUGACACCAGCGACAUCAUCUACAAGUGUGACAACUAAUGUUACAACAAGUGAUGAACCAACAGCGACAAUGACACCAGCAACAUCGUCUACAAGUGUGACAACUAACGUUAAAACAAGUGCUAAACAAACGACAUUAAUGACACCACCGUCUACUAGUGUGACAACUAAUGUUAGAACAAGUGUUGGAAAAACAACAUCAAUGAAACCAACGACAUCGUCUACAAGACUGGCAACUAAUGUUACAACAAGUGCUGAACCAACAACAACAAGGACAGCAGCAACAUCGUCUACAAGUGUAAAAACUAAUGUUACAAAAACUGCUGAACCAACAACAAUAAUGACACAAGGAACAUCGUCUACAAGUGUAACAACUAAUACUUCGCCAAUUGCUGAACCAACAACAACAAUGACACCAGCGACAUCGUCUACAAGUGUGGCAACUGAUGUUACAACAAGUGCUGAACCAACAGUGAUAAUGACACCAGCAACAUCAUCUGCUACUGUGAAAAAUAAUGUUACAACAAGUGCUGUGGCAAGAACGACAAUGACACCAGCGACAUUGUCUGCAAGUGUAACAAAUAAUGUUACAACAAGUGCUGAACCAAUAGCGACAAUCACACCAGUGGCAUCGCCUACAAGUGUGACAACUAAUGUUACAACAAGUGCUGAACCAACAAGGACAAUGACACCAGUGACAUCGUCUGCAAGUGUAACAAAUAAUGUUAAAACAGGUGCUGAACCAACAGCGACAAUCAUACCAGCGGCAUCUCCUACAAGUGUGGCAACCUAUGUUACAACAACUGCCAAACCAAUAACAACAACAACAGCGACCUCGCCUUCAAGUGGGACAACUAAUGUUUCAACAAAUGCUUAAGCAACAGCGACAAUGAAGACAGCGACAUCGUCUAGAAGUGUAACAACUAAUGUUACAGCAACUGCUGAGCCAACAACGAGAAUGACACCAGCGACAUCGUCUGCAACUGUGACAGCUAAUAUUACAACAAGUGCUGAACCAACAGCAACAAUGAUACCAGCAACAUCAUCUGCUACUGUGAAAACUAAUGUUACAACAAUGACACCAGCAACAUCGCAUACAAGUUUGACAACUAAUAUUACAAAAAGUGCUGAACGAAGAACAACAAUGACAGCAGCGACAUCAUCUGCCACUGUGACAACUAAUGUUGCAAUAAGUGCUGAGGCAACAACGACAAUGACACCGACAUCGUCUGCAAGUGUAACAACUAAGGUUACAACAAGUUCUGAACCAAAAGCGACAAUGACACCAGCAGCAUCGCCUACAAGUGUGCCAGCCUAUGUUACAACAAGUGCCAAACCAAUAACAACAACAACAACAACAACAGUGACAUUGCCUACAGGUGUGACAACUAAUGUUACACCAACUGCUGAACCAGCAACAACAAUGACAGCAGCGACAUCUCCUACAAGUGUGAAAACUAAUGUUACAACACGUGCUGAACCAACAACAUCAAUGACACCAGCGGCAUCGCCUACAAGUGUGACAACCUAUGUUACAACAACUGCCAAACCAACAACAACAACAACUCUAGCGGCAUCGCCUACAAGUGUGACAACUACUGUUAAAACAACUGCUGAACCAGCAACAACAAUGACACCAGCAACAUCUCCUACAAGUGUAACAACUAAUUUUCCAACAAAUUCUGAAGCAACAGCGACAAUGAAAACAGGGGCAUCGUCUAGAAGUGUAACAACUAAUUUUUCAACAAAUGCUGGAGCAACAGCGACAAUGAAAACAGCGGCAUCGUCUGGGAAUGUAACAACUAAUGUUACACCAACUGCUGAGCCAGCAACGAAAAUGACACCAGCGACAUCGUCUGCAAGUGUGACAGCUAAUGUUACAACAAGUUCUGAACCAACACCAACAAUGAUACCAGCGACAUCGUCUAGAAGUGUAACAACUAAUGUUACAGCAACUGCUGAGCCAACAACGACAAUGACACCAGCAACAUCGCCUACCAGUGUGACAACUAAUGUUACAAUAAGUGCUGAACGAAGAACAACAAUUACUCCAGCGACAUCAUCUACAAGUGUGGCAACUAAUGUUACAACAAGUGAUGAACCAACAACAGCAAUGACACUAGCGACAUCGUCUACAAGUGUGACAACUAAUGUUACAAGAGCUGCUGAACCAACAACAACAGUGACACCAGCGAAAUCGUCUACUAGUGGGACAACUAGUGUUACAACAACUCCUGAACCAACAACGAGAAUAACACAAGCAGCAUCGCCUACAAGUGUGACAACUAAUGUUACAACAAGUGCUAAACCAACAAGGACAAUGACACCAGCAACAUUGGCUACAAGUGUGACAACUAAUGUUACAACAAGUGCUAAACCAACAAGGACAAUGACACCAGCAACAUUGGUUACAAGUGUGACAAAUGAUGUUACACUAAGUGAUGAACCAACAGCAACAAUGACAUCAGCGACAUCGCCUGCAAGUGUGACAACUAAUGUUACUACAAGUGCUCAACCAACAAGGACAGUGACACCAGCAACAUUGACUGCAAGUGUAACAACUAAUGUUACAACAAGUGCUCAACCAACAGCGAUAAUGACACCAGCAGCAUCAUCUUCCACUGUGACAACUAAUGUUACGACAGAUGCUGAACCAAAAACAACAAGGACACCACCGACAUCGUCUACAAGUAUGAGAACUAAUGUUAAAACAAGUGCUGAACCAACAACAACAAUGACACAAGCGACAUCAUCUACAAGUGAAACAACUAAUGUUACAACAAGUGAUGAACCAACAACAACAAUGACAUCAGCGACAUCGCCUGCAAGUGGGAUAACUAAUGUUAAAACAAGUGCUGAACCAACAGCGACAAGGACACCAGCAACAUCGUCUGGAAGUAAGUGUAACAACUAA